AUGCAUCUUUCACUAUGGAAGCCAAUAUCUCACUGUGCUGCUCUGAUAUUGGACAAAAAGAGCAGAAGAAAAGAUGGGUCUAAUCACUCAGCAGAAGAAAUCAAGAAAAACCCAUCAGUUCUCAGAAAGUUGCAAGAGCACAAGCUCAGGGAAGCUCUUGAGGAAGCCUCUGAAGAUGGUUCACUUGUUAAAUCCCAAGACAUGGACUCUGAGUCCAUAGCCAAUCAAGACGAUGGAUUGGGGCGGUCGCGGUCACUUGCAAGGCUUCAUGCCCAAAAGGAAUUCCUCCGAGCCACAGCUCUUGCUGCAGAGCGCACAUUUGAAUCUGAAGACUCAAUUCCAGACCUUCAUGAAGCCUUUACGAAGUUCCUUACUAUGUACCCCAAGUACCAAUCUUCUGAGAAAAUUGAUCAGCUGAGGUCUGAUGAUUAUGCACACUUAUCUGGGUCCGGGCCCAAGGUAUGUCUUGACUAUUGUGGAUUUGGGUUGUUCUCAUUCCUUCAAACUGUUCAUUAUUGGGAGUCUUCUACAUUUAGUUUGUCUGAGAUAACUGCAAAUUUGGGCAAUCAUGCUCUUUAUGGAGGUGCUGAGAAAGGCACUGUGGAACAUGAUAUAAAGACUAGGAUAAUGGAUUAUUUGAACAUUCCUGAGAAUGAGUAUGGCCUUGUAUUUACUGUGAGUCGAGGAUCGGCUUUUAAAUUGCUAGCUGAAUCAUACCCUUUUCAUACUAAUAAGAAGUUGUUAACCAUGUUUGAUCAUGAGAGCCAGUCGGUGAAUUGGAUGGCUCAAAGUGCCAAAGAUAAAGGUGCUAAAGUUUAUAGUGCAUGGUUUAAGUGGCCAACCCUCAAGCUCUGUUCAACUGACUUGCGAAAGCAAAUUUCGAGCAGAAAGAGAAGGAAGAAGGAUUCAGCGGUUGGUCUUUUUGUGUUCCCUGUGCAGUCUAGAGUUACUGGUGCCAAGUAUUCUUACCAGUGGAUGGCACUGGCUCAGCAGAACAAUUGGCAUGUCUUGCUUGAUGCUGGGUCUUUGGGUCCAAAAGACAUGGAUUCUCUUGGAUUGUCUUUAUUCCGGCCAGAUUUCAUUAUCACCUCUUUUUACAGGGUGUUUGGGUAUGAUCCAACUGGAUUUGGAUGCCUUCUCAUUAAGAAAUCUGUGAUGACAAGCCUUCAAAAUCAGACUGGACAAGCUGGGUCUGGGAUAGUGAAAAUCACCCCCAUCUUUCCUCUGUACCUUGGUGAUUCCAUUGAUGGUUUACCUGGAUUGGCUGGAAUUGAAGAUGAUGAAGCUGGUGCGAGUGGUGAAGUAACCUCUGAAACUCACCCAGCAUCUCAGUUGCCUGCCUUUUCUGGUGCAUUCACUUCUGCUCAGGUGAGAGAUGUAUUUGACACUGAGAUGGAUCAUGACAACAGCUCUGACAGAGAUGGGGCAAGCACUAUAUUUGAAGAAACUGAGAGUAUCUCAGUAGGGGAGGUGAUGAAGAGUCCAGUUUUCAGUGAAGAUGAGUCAUCAGAGAACUCAUUAUGGAUUGAUUUGGGUCAGAGUCCAUUAGGAUCUGACCAUACGGGCCAGUUGAAUAAACAGAAGGUGGCCUCUCCGUUGCCACCUUUUUGGUUUACUGGCAGGAAGAACAAGAAGCUGCUUUCUCCAAAACCAUCCUCAAAGGUUUCUAACAGCCCAAUCUAUGACAAAGAGGUAAAUCUAGGAACUUACGAGGACCGACAGAUGCUAUCAUUUGAUGCUGCUGUUUUAUCGGUAUCUCAUGAGUUGGACCGUGGUAAUGAGAUCCCUGAGGAGGAACCCUUUGAAGAAACGAACACUGAUUCACGAGAAUUUGGAAAGCAUUCUGAUCGUCAGUAUGUCCAGGAAAUUGAAGAAGAGCCUGAAGCCAGCAAACGUGUUAGCAAGGGAUCCUGUCUCAACAACCCAUCUUCUGUCUCUCAGCAUUGUAGGCCUGAGAAUGGCUCAACCUCUGAAAUUUGCGCUGAGGCAAAAGAGAGUGCUAUACGAAGAGAGACAGAAGGUGAGUUCAGGUUGUUGGGAAGGAGGGAAGGAAAUAGAUUUUCUGGUGGCAGAUUUUUUGGUAUAGAAGAGACUGAACAGCCAGGAAGCAGAGGGAGAAGGGUAUCCUUUAGCAUGGAAGAUACCCGGAAGGCCGGGCCGAGCCAUACUCUGGAGCCUGGAGAAUUAUCUGCAACAAGCCUGGAUGACGAAGAGUACUUCAGUGAUGGGGAUUAUGCUGAUGGGCAAGACUCGGACAGGAGGGAACCUGAGAUAACUUGCCAGCAUCUAGAUCAUGUAAACAUGUUAGGUCUCAACAAGACCACAUCCAGGCUGCGGUUCUUGAUCAAUUGGCUUGUGACAUCGUUACUCCAACUAAGAUUACCUAGUUCAAAUGGAGGUGACUCUGUCCCGCUGGUUCACAUCUAUGGCCCAAAAAUAAAGUAUGAAAGGGGUGCAGCCGUGGCAUUUAAUGUGAGAGACAGAAACAGGGGUCUCGUCAAUCCAGAAGUUGUUCAGAAGCUGGCUGAGGCAAAUGGUAUCUCCCUUGGUGUUGGUAUCCUUAGUCAUAUACGGAUACUAGAAAGCCCGAAGCAGCAACUUGGUAUGAAUCUUGACGAUACUACCUUAUGCAGACCAAUGGAGAAUGGCCGACAUGAUGGGAAAAGUGGAUUCAUUAGAGUUGAGGUCGUCACUGCUUCUCUAAGCUUUCUGACAAACUUUGAGGAUGUUUAUAACCUCUGGGCUUUUGUGGCGAAGUUUCUUAACCCAACCUUUAUCAAAGAUGGUGAACUUCCAACUGUUGCUGAAGGCGAAGAGGAGUAA